AUGACUACCGUAUUCCUGCGCAGAUCUAGUGCAGAUGGAUGGCAAUUCAACCAGAAAGAGCUGUUUAAACAACACGCCAAUGAGUCUAGCCUAGCAACAAGAGGAUGGAUCUUCCAGGAGAGGGUUCUUUCACCUCGAAUCGUCCACUUCACCAAAUCUCAGAUUUUCUGGGAGUGCAACCAAGCUACCAUUGCAGAAGAUGGCCACAUCGUUCAGGACGAAUGCGGCGUUCACCAAGUCGACUUCUCCAAAGUUGUGUACAGCGAUGUCCUCAAUGGCAGGCCAACCAGGCGCCACGGUCUUGCAUACCCGCCACGGUGGGAGUCUCUCAUUGAGGCAUACAGCACAUUGCAGCUGACCAAUCCUGAUGACAAGCUACUGGCACUAUCAGGUCUGGCAUUGGCCUUUGCGAGAGAGAAUCGCGGAUUCGAAGAAGGCCGGGUCUAUGUAGCCGGCCUUUGGAGCAAUGACCUAGUUUCAAUGCUAGCCUGGGAAACUACGAUCGCAGACCUGUUCACACUGCAACAUAGACCGACCCAAUGGCGCGCCCCAUCCUUCUCGUGGGCAGCAAUAGACGAUGCAGUCACAUUUGAAGGCUCACAUACGCACAUGCCUUUUACAACAUCCCGAUCAGCUCAGUCACCAGAUACCAGGUCUACAGGAAUGAUCUCCUGCCACGUCAAACACAAAGAUAACGAUCUCUUCGGCAUACUCGAAGCAUGCACGGUCGUCCUUGCAGGUCCUCUGGUGCAUGGCACGUCCCUUGGCCCCUUGCCUUCGGACCUGGCCGACAGGAAGAGAGGCUACUUUCCACUCUACGACCGUGACAUGAGUGCUUGUGGCACCAUGCAACCCGAUUGUGCAGAGAGCCUCGUUCCUGGUUUGCAAGUCACGUAUCUCCUGCUGCCUCAGAUGAACGACAAGACUGACUGCCGAAGCUUUCUGGUUCUUGUGCUGUUACAGACAAAUACAGAAGAGUACAAUGUUCAUCGGCGAAUUGGACUAGGAAGGGGCCCCGUGGGCAUGUUUGAUGGGGCUGAGGUCGAUGUGGUGAGUUUGGUGUGA